AUCCACCGACUGACAACCAGCCAGCCAUGGGCCAGGAUUAUUACUCUGUGCUCCAGAUCACUCGCAAUUCAGAAGAUACCCAGAUCAAGAAUGCGUACCGGAAACUUGCCCUUAAGAACCACCCGUUGAGGUCCACUGAGCCAUCCGCAGCGGAGGCAUUCAGGCAAAUAGCAGAGGCCUACGAUGUGCUGAGCGACCCUGUGAAAAGAGGCAUCUAUGACAAGUUCGGAGAGGAAGGCCUGAAGGGCGGAAUUCCUCUGGAGUUUGGAUCGCAGACCCCGUGGACAACUGGUUACGUCUUCCACGGCAACCCGGAAAAGGUUUUCCAUGAGUUCUUCGGGGGAGAUAACCCCUUUAAUGAGUUUUUUGAUGCAGAAGGAAAUGAGGUGGACUUGAACUUUGGGGGACUCUGGGGCCGAGGGGUCAAGAAACAGGACCCCCCAGUCGAACGAGACCUCUACCUGUCCCUGGAGGACUUAUUCUUUGGCUGCACCAAGAAAAUUAAGAUCUCCCGAAGGGUGCUGAACGAGGAUGGGUACUCCUCUACCAUCAAGGACAAGAUCCUCACAAUUGACGUGAAACCUGGUUGGAGGCAGGGCACACGUAUCACCUUCGAGAAGGAAGGGGACCAGGGUCCCAACAUCAUCCCAGCCGACGUCACCUUCAUCAUAAAGGAGAAGCUACACCCUCGCUUCCGCAGGGAGAACGACAACCUCUUUUUUGUGAACUCCAUCCCCUUGGGCAAGGCUCUGACCUGCUGCACCGUGGAGGUGAAGACCCUAGAUGACCGUCUGCUCAACAUCCCCAUCAAUGACAUCAUCCACCCCAAGUACUUCAAGAAGGUGCCAGGUGAGGGGAUGCCGUUGCCAGAGGACCCCACCAAGAAGGGGGACCUCUUCAUUUUCUUCGACAUCCAGUUCCCCACCCACCUCACACCCCAGAAGAAGCAGAUGCUGCGCCAGGCGUUGCUGACAUAACUCUGGUGGGCUGGGGACUGGAGCAGGGGGAAGAGAAGGCUAGCUGGGCCUGACCCCACCCCUACCCCCAGCACGGGAGCCAGCCCACUGCACAGGCAUGACGUGAGGACCGGAUGGCAUGGGGUUUUAAACUGAUACAAUAAAGUUUUAUUUUCUAUCCUCCA